AUGGAGCCUCGUGUAGGUAACAAGUAUCGACUCGGACGCAAAAUCGGCAGCGGAUCGUUCGGAGAGAUCUACCUCGGUACUAAUUUACAAACUAAUGAGGAACUUGAAAUUAAGCUUGUGAGUAAGCUUAGUCUAGCUUUUGAUUACGUAAAAGAGGUGGAUUUUACUGAAUUCUCUGCUGCUACACUUUGGAUAAUCACAUUUGAGAAGUUGUUGCCUUGUGGCUCUGGAGUACCAAAUGUGAGAUGGUUUGGUGUGGAAGGAGACUACAAUGUUCUGGUCAUGGAUUUACUUGGACCGAGUCUUGAAGAUCUUUUUAACUUCUGCAGUAGGAAACUUUCUCUGAAGACAGUUCUAAUGCUCACAGAUCAAAUGAUAAUUCGUGUUGAAUUUGUCUACAUAAUUGACUUUGGUCUGGCUAAGAAGUACCGAGAUACUUCUACUCACCAACACAUUCCUUACAGAGAAAACAAAAAUUUGACAGGAACUGCUAGAUAUGCAAGCAUGAACACUCACCUUGGUAUUGAACAAAGCAGGAGGGAUGAUUUGGAAUCUCUUGGAUACGUUCUAAUGUACUUCCUAAGAGGAAGUGGCUAUCCUUCAGAAUUUGCUUCAUAUUUCCAUUACUGUCGUUCACUUCGCUUUGAUGACAAACCCGAUUAUGCUUAUCUGAAGAGAAUUUUUCGCGAUCUCUUUAUCCGUGAAGACUAUGAUCUUAAUUUCACCCUAGACCGUGAAAUCUUAAACCCAAAACCCUAA